AAAAAGUGUACUUUGAUCACAAAGGGGCGAAGAAAAUUACCGUAAAUUCGGUUGAUUACCCAAACGAUGGUCUUAUUAGACCUUAGCAAUGACCGUGUUCAGUGAAGUAACCGCUGUGGUUUCUUCUGAUGUGAUAAAAACGGUGCCACUCUUCGCCAAGUUGAUUUCUGAUCUUGGAGGUGAAUAUGGACUUGACUGGUAUUACGAGUUGAGCAAUGGCGAGCCCAGUGGGACCUCAGUACAAACAGUUCCAGAUGACGUAGGCGCCUGUCUCCUCCAUGGCACAUGGAACAAUAUCAAAGAAUUCCAUGAUGUCUUGGACACCAAGUACAGGCAGAGUCAGGCACUUAGAAAGAUACAGGACUUGGCCUUCAGUAAACAGGCUCUGAUUGCUGAUGAUUCAGAUAGAAAUGAAAAGGUUGGCUCAUCAAAUGGAAAUGUUGAAGAAAAGAAUGAAAAUAAAGCUGAAGAAGAAGUCCCCGAAGAGGGAAUGCAGUCACAAAAUUGUGAAGGGGUUCCUGGAUGGGUCCCUAGAUUUCGAAGGGCCAAGAAAAACAAAUCGUAUGCUGAACCAAAGCCAGAGGUUUAUGAAGAAGAUGAUUUUGUUGAACCACAAAGAAAACAGAAAGCCAAAGAAACUUCUUUCAUUUACAAUGAAGAAGAAAUGGAUGAAGCUUUAGAUGAUGAUGAUGAUGAUAAUGAUGAAGACAUUGUUGAACCAGGAGAAGAUGAAGAAGAUAAUUUCACCCGACCACCAACACAAAAACAAACUAAAGUCAACCAGAAGUGCAAGUUUUGUGAAUUUGAAACUAAAAUAAUAACCACCUGGUGUAACCACAUGAUAGAAAAUCAUUUACCAAAGAAGUGGCUCUGUCCUCUAUGUGACAAGUCUACUAUGGAUAAAGGAGAACUUAAAAAGCACCUGCAAAGACACUGCAUGCAGCAACAACCUUUUAAGUGUAAUAAGUGUAGAAAAGUCUACGUCAGCCCGCAUUCACUUAAAAUUCACAAAUGUAAGCCUAAAGUUAAGCGGUAUCCAUGCAAAGUGUGUGGGAAGGCAUACGUGAAGAAGGAAUAUUUGCGCUGGCACUCAUGUGGUCAGAGAACUCGGAGAUGCUGGAAAUACUACACAUGUGCUUAUUGCCAAGCUAAAUUUGUUGACCAGAAUGCCUAUGAAGAGCAUGAGGCAGAGUGUGAGGCCGACUCAAAGGGGGUGUCGCACGCAGAAAAACCUGCACUUGAUGAUACAGGAGAACUGAAUGAGACUUUGGAUAAAACAGAAUCAAAUGAUUCAAAUGAUGGUGUAAUUGUUGCCAAAUCAGCCAGCGACUGGAGGGCGCAUUACAAGAUUGUUGAGGGAAUGAUCGUCUGUAUCCACUGUAGCUUCAAGAGUGAGUACCGCCGUCACAUGAGGACACAUCUGAUGAGGAAACAUUUUGCAAAAAGCUUACAAUGCACCGAGUGUGAUCAUAAGUUUGCAAUCCCCAGAGACUUAAAAUUCCACAUGGAAAGUCGACACUAUAAUGUCAAAUACAUGUGUGAGCUUUGUGGCAAGCAGUACCGUAGUAAAACAGCACUGGUUAUCCAUGAGCGUCGCCACAAAGAAGGCCCAAGACAAAUCCCCUGUGAUUUGUGUGGUAAGAACUUUUCAAGUCAUCAGUAUGUUAAUGUUCACAAGGAAAAAGUUCAUGGUGGAAAAAUUGAGGAAUAUUUCUGUGAGCAGUGUGGAAAAAAGUUUGCCAAUAAAUACUAUCUGCGUGACCACCAGAAAACUCACGGAGACCAAAUGCCCUAUGAGUGUUCAGAAUGCUUUAAAGCUUUUGCCCACAAGCGUUCUUAUGAGUGCCAUCUUCAAAGUCAUACUGCUGAGCGCAACAAGGUCUGUCAUGUAUGUGGCAAAGGAUUUAAGGCCACGAGUCAUCUUAACAUGCAUCUGCGAAUUCAUUAUGGUCAGAAGCCUUUUGUCUGUUCUUACUGUGGGCGUGGAUUUACACAAAAGAAAACCAUGAUGGAACAUGCACGUACCCACACAGGUGAGAAGCCUGUCAAAUGUAAAGUCUGUAACAAGACUUUUGCUCAUGGGUCAACCCUGCACAAGCACAUGCGAGUCCACACAAAACAAGUUAUUGAUGGUGGAAUGAAUAAUAUUGAGCAGGCUUCCAAACAACUUGCCGAGGAAAGUCUCCAACAAGUACAGGACAGUAUCUCCCAGCUGGCUGAUACUGCACUAAAACAACACCAACUACAUCAACAACAACAACAACAACAGGUGCAGCAUCAGUCACAACAUCUCCCACAAGACCCCCAUGAACAAGAUCACACCCCUGUACAAGCGUCAGUCCCCGGCACCCCCUCGGCCAUCUACUCCUCCCACCCCAUAUACCACUAUCCCACUUUACAGGGCAUUCAACAGCAACCCACACCCACUGUGGGUGACAAACAGCAGAGAACCCACCCUGAGCACCCACAUAUAACCCACACGCAGGCAGUGCAUUCUACACACAUGAUCCCAGCUCACAACAUGUACGGACCUGGGCCACUUGGCUCGGCGUACGCACUGGACGCACAGUCUUUUCAGGAGGUCCACCAGUUGAUGCACCCUCCUCAGCAGUGACUUGGAUGAGACCAGAGAGUCACACAGUGAUUUUGGAUCCUCUGACUGAAUUAAAGUGACAGUCUUCUCAACCAAUUUAUUGAUUUUGAAAAAAGUGAUUGUAUUCUAAACCAGACUGAACAACUUCUAUUUAUUAACGCCAUCUUCUGUAGUUCUUUAUUUUGAGCAGAACUAUGUAACUCGGUGACCAUGAACCAUUUAUUUCAACCAGCAGUAAGCAGUCAUCAAAUCCAAGACCAGUAUGAAUAUGCACUGCAUAUAACUAUAUGUAGGGAAAUGCCAAUAUCACCCCAGCUGAAAAGACAUCUAAACUGCCAACAUUUCACCUUACCAUUACACCAGUGUAUAAAACCCCCCAGUGAAUCCUUUCUGCACUUCAAGGAAUCUUAUUAAACUCCUCAACCCUUGACUCUGCCAAAAUGCACUUAAUCUCACCUGCUUAUUGUAUGCAUUUUGGAUAAUGCUUAUUUAUUUUUGGUAGGAGGGAAAUUUAUGCAAAUUCUGCAUAUUUUGCUGUUAGAUGGAAAACUGCCUAUUUAUGCUUUUCUUUCUUUUUACAAUAUUAAAACAUUUUUAGUGUAACUUAUGAAAUAUUAUCUCAGUGAAGUCAACAAAAUUUGAAUUAAUUGUGCAAUCAUCUGUUUGAGUGCUUUAACAGUUACAUGAGCAGCAUGUACACGUGUAAUAUAUUCAUGCAUGUAUUCAUGUAAUAUUGGUUGUGUGUGGAUGUAUAUGAAAGAGCUAUUUGCCAUGUUUGUUUAGAGUAUAUUAUAUUAUGAAUAUUGACUAUAUAAAGUAAGAAUAGAAAAGUAUAAAUCUAUCGUUAAAAGCACACAAAGUGCAUGAAAUCUGUAUGUAUUAAAUGUAUAUUAAAUUUCCUGGAAAUAUCAUUUUACCAAUUAUUUGCCAAGGUAUAUACCCAUCCAAAACCGUCG